UAUAAAGAACGCAAACCGGAGUCAGGAUUCCGGUACCUUGUUGGCUUCCUUCGGUACCAAAGUAUUCGAGUCCAGCAGCGUCGUGUUUGGCGGUCCCUGCACAAAGUUGACAGGCUGGGACAAAGGCUGAGAGAACAACGUUACCAAGUUGCUCGACCAAAUGCACUAUGGCAUAUGGAUGGUCAUCACAAGGUCAUUCAGUGGGGCUUUGUCAUUCACGGAUUCAUUGACGGGUAU